GUGGCCAGUGAUAUUUGGACAAGUCAUAGACAAGCAUCCAAAUGGUGAGCGAGGCGAAAUUGAAGGAAUACUACGAAGUAGCGCUGAAGCUGGUGGAAAAAUGUGGACCACUGUUUAUGGAGGGGUAUAGCAAGCCCAAGGCAGAUUAUGUUGUCAAGUCGGAUUUCUAUGAUCUGGUUACAGUGUACGAUAAGCAAAUUGAGGAUACUUUAAUACAAGGUUUGACGUCGGCGUUUCCCGAAUCGCUGAUCAUAGGCGAAGAAGAGUCAGCGACUAGUGAACGUCAAGCGGAGCUGACAGAUGCACCCACUUGGAUUAUAGAUCCCAUAGAUGGCACCACGAAUUUCGUACAUCGCAUACCACAUUGUUGCAUUUCCGUCGGCUUGGCCAUCAAGAAAGAGCUCGUUGUGGGCAUUAUAUACAAUCCGCCGGCAAAUGAAUUGUUCUCUGCUUGGCAAGGUCAUGGUGCUUACUUGAAUGGUCAACGCAUAAGCACAUCCAAGAAAACAACGAUUCGUCAAGCGGUCGUCGCCUAUGAGAUCUCUCUCAUUCAUGCAGCUCGCGUGCGAGACAAGAAUAUCAAGCGCAUUUAUAAGCUCGGCUCCAAUGCAACUUGCACGCGCAGCUUUGGCAGCGCCGCCCUAGCGCUUUGUUAUGUGGCGACAGCCCAAUGCGAUGUCUAUCAUGUGGAGGAUCUUAAGCCGUGGGAUAUAGCAGCUGGUGCUGUUAUACUGAGAGAAGCAGGUGGCACUCUAUGCCAUACAUAUGGUGGUAAAUUUGAUGUCAUGAAGCCUGAUCUGGUCUGCGCUGCCACAGAGGAGCUCUGCAAAAAUGCCAUCAGCCUUAUAGAGGAGGCUAACCAAAUUACGGAAUAUACAUUCAAAUAAAACUAUAAUCACCAAUGAUUGAGGACAACAAACGUGUAUUAAACCACAAGUUAAAGAAAUAAUAUUUUCGUUGCGGUUUGCCAACCAGACAACCUAUGUUAUAGUUAUACUAGUAUCUACUUGGCAGACUUUUGAUAAAAAAAAAUUAUAUUUGUAGUUGUUAGACGAAAUGAGAUAAAAGCAGCUACCAUAAAACACCGCACAGCUUAUACUCUCGCAUAAGAUAUAAACUAUUUAAAAGUCAA